AUGAAGACGUCCAUUUCGUCGGAUAUAUGGGAGAAGAAAAAAGCGCUGAUUGCCAAAUUGUAUAUGGAGGAAGAAUGGCCUUUGAAGCAGGUCAUCAAGCAGAUUCGGUCCGAUGAUUUUGACCCAAGCGAGACCCAAUUACGCAGCCGCUUAAAGAAAUGGCGGGUCACCAAGCCUUCUCGCCAGACUCGCAAGAAGCCGCAAGGUUCCGAGGAUCCUGACUCUGAGAAGGACGUCAAGGACUCAUCCGUUUCUCCUCGCAGCAAGAAGGCAUCCCCGGCGCCGAAGGAAUCAACCAUUCCUCGUUCUACCUGGUCAACACAGCCUGUCUACUCGCCAGCUUCCAAAUGGGAUGCCCCUCUGACUCAGAAGCUCACCCCCAGCCCAUCAGGGGAACACAGCUUCGUAUCAGAGGGACAUCUUGCAAUGCACUCCUUCCAAGACGCCAAGCCAGCCACUACUUCUUUUGAACAGCCCUCUCAGACGUCGCCUGUGGAUCCUGGGUUGAUGCUGAACACUACCGCUGCCGUUACUCCCACCUACACCGCGUACCCUCUCUCUCCCGAGUCAUGCAUCCCUAGCCCAGGCUCGACAACCGAUCCCACGCUAGCUGCGUGGCCUGCCCGUUCAGUCUCAGUGGACAUGAGCCUCAACCCCAGCUUGCAUCCAGCGCAAUGGUACGGCAUGCCUUUUGAACCCAUCACACCCCCACCGGGCGUCGCACAUGCCGCCCCUUUACCUCCUCCCGCGGCGGGAUACGUGGUGCCUCCGCCCGCCGGUCUCUUCCCACCUGAAUUUGCUCAUUACAGUGAGGCUCCAGAAUACCAUCAUGGAUACGAUCAAAAACAUUGGAAGCGUGCCAUGUCCCUGCAGUAUGACUUUGCGGGGCACCACGUCCGCCCGAGUGACCCGAUCCGAAAAUACACCAUCCCACUUCAUAGCCAGCAUCACCCUGGAAUGAUGCACAUGCCUGCGGGUCAGGUUGGUCCCCAUGCCAUGAUGUGUGCCCCUAUCGUUCCAUACAUGGGUCAAGAGCCGAUGAUGCAGAAGCCUUCGAAUGUGAGCUACUGA